AUGGCGACGCCGAACUCGACGGCGCUGAUGUCCGACAUCGAACCGGCGAGCUCGCCGCCGGCCCAUAUCGAGAGGUCAUUCAUGACCGCCCAGACCGAAGAUGACGAUACCCGAAUGAUGGCGACGCCGGAGCCUUCCGAGCGGCAAGGUCGCGGUAAGAAGCGCGGGCGCGGAGGCGGCGACGACGGUCCCAAUGGCAACCCCAUUGGCAAGAUCAGGCACCUGAAGAAAGAAGACGGCGAGCCGCUCUGGCGUAAGGACAUCCAGUUCGACUUCCUCAAGGCCGUGUUCGACAAUGAGGCCAAGGUGUUCACAAACAGCUACGAGAAGGAUCGCAUCGGCAAGCAGUGCUUUGCCGACCUCUACAUUGAUACCAUGUCCCGAAGCAGCAAGACCAGCAAGGUCCUUCGCGACAAACUGCUUAGUGAUCGUGAAGCCGCGAAGGGCAUGGCGAUGGUUUGUCUGUUGGUCAACAUUGGCCGGAUGAACACCACUCUUAACUUCUUCCCCGAGAUGCGGGCCCAGCUCCGCACAUACCACGCGAUUCCUUCACUGCAGGCCCGGCAAGACCCGCACGCCUACAAACAACUUCAAGAUGCCCCCCGACUCAAGUCCAUCCUCAAGGGCGGCUCCGACGACCGCAUCGAGCCCUCGUCCCUCGACGACAUCAAGGCCCUCGAUGUCCCGCGGACGAACCCCGUGAACCUACUCUUCCUCAUUUGCCAGGCCGCCCCCAAGAUUGCAGAGCUGCACUUCCCCCCGUCCCAAGAGUUCCACGACCUCGUCAUGAAGUUCAAGUACAGCAGCGAGAGCCGUGCCCGGGCGUUCCUCUGGCUCAUGUGGUUUUAUCUAGAGUCCGACUUCACCGAGGAAGGAUGCGAGGAGAACCCGUUUGGGGCCGGUGUGGACUAUGGCGUCGACGUUGCGAACCAGGGCGUCCCGCGCCUGGAGCUGCUGUCGGAGGAAGAUGCCGCGUUGGAGAACGUUGACACACAGGAGGAGAUUGACUUUGGUUACGCCAAGCAGAAGAUGCGUGCUAAGAUUAUCGAGGCCGACCAGCAGUUCAUGGCCGACAGCCAGACGAAACGUGGCGGUGGCCGUGGUCGAGGCUUCCCAGCUGGCGAGGAGGUCGGCCCGACCACAGGCAUCCUGCCGAGAAUUCGGCCCUCCAAGAACGAGAGCGACCUCGACAGUGUCAGAUCGACCCCGCCGCCCCGCGCCCUCGGCCGGCAGAGCGGCGUAUUCGGGAGCAUGGGACGGCGUGGCCCGCACUCGCUCAAGUACCAGGUCUUUGACGGCUCGUCCCCCGCUGCCGACCGCAUGAUGGAGGGCGUCGUAGCGCGCAAACCCCGCCCGCCGACAGCCCACCAGAUUGCCGUCGAGCGCAACCGCUCUCAGCGCGUCGAGUACAUUCUCGACCGUGGCAUCCGCCGCAAGCAUCAUCAGGCGCGCAAAGACCGACGUGGCGACGGCGCGGUUCUCCGUGCCCUACCGCGUCUUGCCCAGAUGCAAGACCCCUUCGAAGAUAGCGAUGAUGACGAGAUCCUGCCGCCCUCGCACAAUGGCAAGCAAGGUACUAAUGGUGCCGGGGCCAGCGAGAACAGCAAGAAGCGCCUUCGUGAGCGUGGCUACGGCGGUCUAGCGCAGCUCACGGACGAGCCGGACGAUUUUGGCGAGCAGGCUAGCUCCUACGCCGCUGCCUUCCGCCGUACUGUGCGUCGACUCGACCGCUGGGAGCUCCACGAGGGGCCGGAGCUGGGCGUCAUCCAGCCCGUGAAGCGGCCCAAGCCGGCCGGAAGCCGCCGGGCCGACAACGACGAAGACGACUUUGACGAUGACGCCGACGACUCGCCCUCCAACAAGGACAUGCUCAUCGACCCGGCCGAGACAGAGGAGGAGAACGAGAACGACGAGAUAGAACUCUCACGCCAUCAACAAGCACGUGCUGCUACGGUCGACACUAAUGGUGAUACACCGAUGGACGACGCGGAUGACUUGGAUGAGGUGGAUAAAGGUCUACUGGGUCUUGGCGACGGCGAUGAUGGUGACGAUGGCGAUGACAAUGGCGACGAGCACGGUGAUGAGAAUGGCGAGGAUGAGCUGGAUGAUGUCGACAAGACGCUCCUGGGUAUGGACGGGGACUCGGACUCUGAGUGA